AAUAACAAGAUGGAUAGGUCAUUCUUAUCUGCCAACAUUCCAGAUUUGGUGGGACGAUUGACAAUGGAAGAGAAGAUAUCAUUAUUGGCAGGAGAGGAUUUUUGGAGCACCGUUCCCAUCCCUCGACUCAACAUUCCAAAGAUAAAAAUGUCAGAUGGACCCAAUGGCGCUCGAGGAGAAUCGUUCUUCAAGAUGACUCCCGCGGUCGCAGCACCCAAUGCCACAUGUCUCGCUGCAACCUUUUCCACCUCCCUCGUUCGUUCUUGCGCCCAACUCCUCGCUGCUGAGACAAAAGCCCGCAACGCUGUCUGUGAGCUUAGCUCCCACUAUCAACAUUCAACGUUCACCUCUAGGUGGACGAGCAUUCGAAUCUUUCUCUGAAGAUCCUACUCUCUCUGGUCUCCUCGCAGCUGCCUAUGUCGAUGGACUACAAUCGUCUGGCGUGAGUGCCACCAUCAAACAUUUCGUCGCGAACGAUCAAGAGGAUGAUCGAAUGGGUGCCAAUUGUAUAAUCUCCCCUCGAGCUCUACGAGAAAUAUAUCUUCGUCCAUUCCAAAUCGCCCAAGCUCGAUCUAAACCAUGGGCGUAUAUGACAGCGUAUAGUAAGAUUAACGGGAUUCAUUGUUCGGAGAACGAAUGGCUCAUCCAAGAUUUAUUGAGGAAAGAAUGGGGACAUGAAGGAAUGGUCAUGAGUGAUUGGUAUGGAACUUAUUCCGUCUGUGAAAGUAUAAACGCUGGAUGUGAUCUUGAAAUGCCAGGUCCGACAGUAUGGAGAGGUCAACAACAAGUUGGACAUUUGAUCAUGGCUCAUAAGAUUGAUCCGAGGACUAUUGAUAGGAAUGCUCAACGUGUGUUGGAGUGGGUUCAACGUUGUGCUAGGAUGAACGAGGAUUUGGUGUACGCACCACCAAAGGAGGAGAGGAGUCGGACGGAGAACAAAGAGGAAGAUGCGAAAUUGCUUCGACGGAUCGGUGCGGAGGGAAUAGUGUUAUUGAAGAACGAACAAGAUAUCUUGCCUAUUGAAGGGAAACGGAAAGUUGCGAUCAUUGGUCCCAACGCGAAAUCUAAAAUCCUCACAGGUGGUGGUUCUGCUCUUCUUCGAGCAGCCUGGGCUGUCACUCCGUGGCAAGGUCUGGAAGAUAAUAAACCUUCAGAAGUGGAAUUAACUUAUUCAUACGGUUGCACAGGGACGAAAUACCUUCCCGUUUUAGACGAACACUUUACCUGUAUCGAUGGUUCUCCAGGGUUCAAUCUUUCACAUCACAACAUUGUUGACGGGGUUCAAAGUGAAAAACCUCACGUAGUGGACAAAUGGGAUUCAAGCGAUAUGUUCAUGGGUGAUUAUUCUCCACCUGGAUUACAACGUCCAUUCGUCACUGAACUUCGAGCCAUAUUCACUUCUCCGAUCGACGGCGAAUACGAUUUCGGUCUAACCGUUACCGGACGUGGUUGGUUGUAUCUUGAUGAUCAACUAGUCGUCGAUAAUUCGAGCAAUCAACAACGUGGUGAAGCUUUCUUCGGUUCUGGCACUGUGGAACGGGUUGGCAAAGUCCGUGUUCACAAAGAUCAAAAAUAUAUCCUUCGAGUGAUACAUGAUGGUCGGAAAGAAAUGUCUGGACAUGGUGCUGGUGAUCCUAAUCCUUUCCCAGCUUCUGGUUUGAGAAUCGGUGCUUUUCCAAGUUCAGACCCAGAAGAAACAAUGCAACAAGCUGUGGAUUUAGCGAAAGAAUCCGAUAUAGCUAUAGUGGUUGUUGGACUUAAUUCCGAUUGGGAAUCUGAAGGUUAUGAUCGACUCAACUUGUCAUUACCAUUACGACAAAACGAAUUAGUAACAAGGAUAUCAGCUGUGAAUCCAAAUACCGUCGUCGUCGUUCAAGGAGGUUCGGCGGUAAGUAUGCCUUGGAAAGAUGAAGUGAAAGGAAUAAUACAUUGUUGGUAUGGUGGUAAUGAAGCUGGUAAUGCCAUUGCGGAUAUUUUAUAUGGAUCAGUCAAUCCUUCUGGAAGAUUACCGAUUUCGUUUCCGGAAAAAGAAGAAGAUAUAGCUGCGUGGACAGGUAGAAGAAGUCAAGGUGGGGAAAUAAGGUAUGAGGAAGGUAUUUGGGUUGGAUAUAGAUGGCAUAACGUUAGAAAGAUUAAACCAUUAUGGGCGUUUGGAUAUGGUUUAUCUUAUACUUUUUGGGAAUACCAAGAUCUUUCCGUCACUUCACACGUCAAAGAGAGAGAUUUAGAUAUAGAUGAAUGGAGGUUAAAGGUGAGUGUUAAAGUCAAGAACAUAGGAAAAAGAAAAGGAGAUCAUUCUGUUCAUUUUUAUUUUUCUCCACCGGAAAGGAAAGGAAUGGGGUUGGAACAUCCUCAAUGGACUUUACAAGGGUUCGGAAAGGUUUAUGGAGUGGGAUCGGGAAAAGAGGAAUUGGUAGAGGUGGAAUUUGAUAAAUAUGCCAUUUCACAUUGGGAUCCAAUUCAUGAUGUUUGGCGUGUAGAGAAAGGAGAAUGGAUAGUGAGAAUAGGAAUAGAUUCUCAGACCAUGUGGGGGAAAGAAACGUUUGUGAUAGAUGAAGAUAUGGAGUGGGUUGGGGUU